AUGUGGUUCCUGCUGUGGUUCCUGCUGUGGUUCUCGCUGUGGUUCCUGCUGUGGUUCCUGCUGUGGUUCCCGCUGUGGUUCCUGCUGUGGUUCCUGUUGUGGUUCCUGCUGUGGUUCCUGCUGUGGUUCCUGUUGUGGUUCCUGAUGUGGUUCCUGCUGUGGUUCUCGCUGUGGUUCCUGCUGUGGUUCCUGCUGUGGUUCCUGGUUCCUGCUGUGGUCCCUGCUGUGGUUUCUGCUGUGGUCCCUGCUGUGGUUCUCGCUGUGGUUCCUGCUGUGGUUCCUGCUGUGGUUCCCGCUGUGGUUCCUGCUGUGGUACCUGCUGUGGUUCCUGCUGUGGUUCUCGCUGUGGUACCUGCUGUGGUUCCUGCUGUGGUUCUCGCUGUGGUUCCUGCUGUGGUUCCUGCUGUGGUUCUCGCUGUGGUUCCUGCUGUGGUUCUCGCUGUGGUUCCUGCUGUGGUUCCUGGUGUGGUUCUCGCUGUGGUUCCUGCUGUGGUUCUCGCUGUGGUUCCUGCUGUGGUUCCCGCUGUGGUUCCUGCUGUGGUUCCUGAUGUGGUUCCUGCUGUGGUUCCUGCUGUGGUUCCUGCUGUGGUCCCUGCUGUGGUUUCUGCUGUGGUCCCUGCUGUGGUUCCCGCUGUGGUUCCUGCUGUGGUUCCUGCUGUGGUUCCUGCUGUGGUUCCUGCUGUGGUUCCCGCUGUGGUUCCUGCUGUGGUACCUGCUGUGGUUCCUGCUGUGGUUCUCGCUGUGGUUCCUGCUGUGGUUCCUGCUGUGGUUCUCGCUGUGGUUCCUGCUGUGGUUCUCGCUGUGGUUCCUGCUGUGGUUCUCGCUGUGGUUCCUGCUGUGGUUCUCGCUGUGGUUCCUGCUGUGGUUCCCGCUGUGGUUCCUGCUGUGGUUCCUGAUGUGGUUCCUGCUGUGGUUCCUGCUGUGGUUCCUGCUGUGGUCCCUGAGGUGGUUUCUGCUGUGGUCCCUGCUGUGGUUCUCGCUGUGGUUCCUGCUGUGGUUCCUGCUGUGGUUCCUGCUGUGGUUCCUGCUCUGGUUCUUGCUGUGGUUCCUGCUGUGGUUCCUGCUGUGGUUCUCGCUGCGGUCCCUGCUGUGGUUCCUGCUGUGGUUCCUGCUGUGGUUCCUGCUGUGGUCCCUGCUGUGGUUUCUGCUGUGGUCCCUGCUGUGGUUCUCGCUGUGGUUCCUGCUGUGGUUCCUGCUGUGGUUCCUGCUGUGGUUCCUGAUGAGGCUAAUCAGUGA